CAGCCGCGGGCUGCCAUGUAUUCAUGCAGCCUCUGUCUGGCUUCACCAAGCCAGCCAGCAGACGGCAGAAGAAGAAAAGAGGAAGUGGAAACAUCAGCACUAUCUCUACAGCAGAGGAGAGACGGAGGGAGAAAACACUGAGUGACACACACACAUAUACACACACACACACACACACACAGUCACAACACACGAACUCCGGACAUCAGUGCUUAAUAGUGGAGAGAAGUGUCCUCGCUUCGUCAGGUUUGGAUGAGCUACCUCCAGUAGUAGUGACAGAGGUGUGAGGCAGCGAGACCCACACCACCCAACCCCCCCUUCAGCCAUGCCGCCGCCGGCAGACAUCGUCAAGGUGGCCAUUGAGUGGCCGGGGGCUUUCCCCAAGCUCAUGGAGAUAGACCAGAAAAAGCCUCUCUCCGCCAUCAUUAAAGAAGUGUGUGAAGGGUGGUCCUUGGGGAACCAUGAAAACUUUGCUCUACAGAUUGCUGAUGCCACAAAUUUCUACAUCACAGAAAAGAAUCGCAAUGACAUUAAGAACGGAUCAAUCCUGCGCUUGACCACUUCUCCUUACCAAACUGCAGUCCAGCUUCAUGAACGGAUCCAGUCGUCCAGCAUGGAUGCCAAGCUGGAGUCUCUGAAGGACCUGGCCAAUGCGUCAAGGGACAUCACUUUCGCCCAAGAGUUCAUCAACCUAGAUGGCAUCUCCCUGCUCACUCAGAUGGUGGAGAGUGGGACUGAACGCUAUCAGAAACUACAGAAGAUAAUGAAGCCCUGUUUUGGCGACCUGCUGUCCUUCACUCUGACUGCCUUUGUGGAGCUGAUGGACCACGGCAUCGUCUCCUGGGACACUUUCUCUGUGGCCUUCAUCAAGAAGAUCGCCAGCUACGUGAACAAGUCAGCCAUGGACACAGCAGUGCUGCAGCGGUCCCUGGCCAUCCUGGAGUCCAUGGUGCUCAAUAGUCAGGAUCUUUACCACAAGGUGGCGCAAGAGAUCACCAUCGGGCAGCUCAUCCCACAUCUUCAAGGGACUGAUCAAGACAUUCAGACCUACACUAUUGCUGUCAUCAAUGCUCUCUUCCUCAAAGCUCCUGAGGAGAAGAGACAGGAGAUGGCCCAUAUUCUUGCCCAGAAACAGCUGCGCUCCAUCAUUCUCAGUAAUGUGAUUCGAAGCCCCACACCCAUCAACGAUGAGAUGGCCCACCAGCUGUACGUCCUGCAGGUGCUCACCUUUAACCUGCUGGAGGACCGCAUGAUGACCAAGAUGGAUCCCCAAGACCAGGCUCAGAGGGACAUCAUCUUUGAGCUGCGGAGAAUUGCCUUCGACGUGGAGAGUGAGCCCAACAACAGUGGCAGCAUCGAGAAACGCAAAUCCAUGUACACCCGGGACUACAAGAAGCUCGGCUUCAUUAACCAUGUGAAUCCAGCUGUGGAUUUCACCCAGAUUCCUCCGGGCAUGCUGGCUCUGGAUAACAUGUUGUAUUUUGCCAGACACCACCAGGACGCCUACAUCAGGAUUGUCCUGGAGAACAGCAGUCGAGAAGACAAGCACGAGUGUCCGUUUGGCCGCAGCAGCAUCGAGCUGACCAAGAUGCUCUGUGAGAUUCUCAAAGUGGGCGAGCUUCCGAGUGAAAACUGCCACGACUUCCACCCCAUGUUCUUCACCCAUGAUCGGUCCUUUGAAGAAUUCUUCUGCAUCUGCAUCCAGCUGCUCAACAAAACCUGGAAGGAGAUGAGGGCCACAAGUGAAGACUUCAACAAGGUAAUGCAGGUGGUGAGGGAGCAGAUAAUGCGAGCGCUGACUCUUAAGCCUAAUUCUCUGGACCAGUUCAAGAGUCGCCUGCAGAACCUGAGCUACACAGAGAUCCUGAAGAUACGCCAGUCCGAAAGGAUGAAUCAGGAAGACUUCCAGUCCCGCCCCAUCCUGGAGCUGAGAGAGAAGAUCCAGCCCGAGAUCAUGGAGUUGAUCAAACAGCAGAGGCUCAACAGAUUGUGUGAUGGAACCUGCUUCAGGAAAAUCAGUAGUCGCAGGAGGCAAGAUAAGUUUUGGUAUUGCCGCCUGUCUCCGAACCAUAAAGUCCUGCACUAUGGAGAUUUGGAAGAGAGCCCUCAGGGCGAAGUGCCCCACGACUCUUUACAGGACAAACUGCCUGUGGCUGAUAUCAAAGCUGUUAUCACCGGCAAAGACUGUCCUCACAUGAAGGAGAAGGGAGCCCUGAAGCAAAACAAGGAGGUGUUAGAGCUGGCCUUCUCUGUCCUCUAUGAGUCGGACGAAUAUUUAAACUUUAUUGCUCCUGACAAGCAUGAGUACUGCGUGUGGACAGACGGUCUAAAUGCCCUCCUGGGUAAAGAGAUGACCAGCGAGUACACCAAAUCUGAUAUGGACACCCUGCUCUCCAUGGAGAUGAAGCUCCGCCUCUUGGAUCUAGAGAACAUCCAGAUUCCAGAGGCCCCUCCCCCGAUUCCCAAAGAACCUAGCAACUAUGACUUUGUUUACGACUGUAACUAGACGAACGACCCCACGUGCCCGAAUCCAAACCCACCCAGCACCUAUUGUUCUCACUGGACCAAUCCCCUUUUCUUAUAAACUGGAACAAAAACAAAAUAAAACCAUAUAAUGUAAAAAAUGAACUGUGAUUGAACGAAAGAAAUGUCCUCUUGCUUCUCACUCGGUCUUUAUAAGAGAGAAAAUGGUGCAUAUUAAUAGACUUUCUGCACAAGGGGGGACUUGAGUUCGAUAGAGUCAUCAGGUUGCCAUGAAGACAAGAAACCAGGAAGUAUUUGUUGGGCCUGUCGUUGGGCAUCCCGUGUCUUUUUCCUCAUUCUCCUCCUGUGUCUGAUGUUUGAGACAUUCCCUUCUUCUUCUCGACCGAGGCGCCCUCAGUCUUUUUGCUUGAAGAUUAUUGUAGACAAAUGCUUAGAUAUUCAGCUUCCUUGUUGUCCUUUUUUAUGUUUACUUUAUUGUUUUUCCUCAGGUCUUCUGUGGGGGGAGGAAUGAUGGUUGUGUAGUUCAGGAACAGGGAGGGACGUGGUUUUGUGUUUUGCCGUCACCUUCCCAGCAGUAUUUCCUGUCACAUUCUCACUUACAGUAUUUGUGGCAGCUAAAUGUUUUCCAAGAGGCUGAAAGGAAGGUUGAAGAACAUUUUAAAAUGAAUACUUCAUGAAAAUAGUCUCUUAUAUCCUCUCUGUCCUGCUAUACAUAUACUGAAGACUGUUAGAAUAAGUCGAUCCUCAAAAUCAAGGCACUGUACUCCAGUACAUAGCCUUUCUUUUAAAUAUUUUAAUGUUACUAUCCCGCCGCUGCUUAUUGCAUAUUGUACACACCUACACAGUGGCUUUGCCAAAAGAACCAUAAAAGCCCUACUAUUGUGAAACACACACUCGUCUCUCCCUCAUUUGAGUCUCUCCCAUUGUAAUAACUGCUGUACACAACAUUCCUAAGCAAUAUUUUGAGCUUUUAUUUUGUUCAUUUGUAAGAUGGUCAUAAUUUAGGGAAUUUAAAAUUGUGAAACUGCCUAGUAGUUGGUAUUACAAAGAAGAUGUUAGUGUUUUAGUUAAGGGAAUUUGUCUGUUUUCUGUGUUGGGGACUAUAUGGCCACAAAAUUUAAAGUCUAUGUAUUUUUUUAAUUUAAAAACAGAUCAUGGUUGUUAUUUCUAGUAUGAUUUAUAUAUGUUCCCCUUCCUAUUUAAUACCUUCAAAUGUUUUUCUUUAGGAUUUUUGAAAGCCCCUCAAAACUGCUGUUUACAUUAAAGAUUUAAGAACUAUAA